CGCCAUUAAACAACACAAGAAGAAGAAGAACACUAGCUUGGACUCCAGAUUUUUAUGUGAAAGAGCGCUUCCUUCUCCGUACGCGCUUCGGAUCUCUGAUACUCUGUGUAACAUCACUAAAGUGUCCUGAUUCUUUACACCUCUCAUAAUGAAAUCAGAGUCCAGACGCCGAUCUUUAGGAAAAUCUCCACAGACUCCUGCUGCUACUGGCUCAAAGAUGUACCACUGCUCAGAUUGUGGGAAGAGUUUUAGUAAAAGUCAUCAUCUCAAAGAUCACAAGCGGAUCCACACAGGAGAGAAGCCAUAUGACUGCUCACAGUGUGGGAAGAGUUUUGCCCGUCAGAGUACUCUCCAACAGCAUCAGCGCAUUCACACAGGAGAAAAGCCAUAUCACUGCUCACAGUGUGGGAAGAGUUUUACUUGCAGGAGUCAUCUCAAACAACACCAGCGCAUUCACACAGGAGAGAAGCCAUAUCACUGCUCGUAUUGUGGGAAGAGUUUUACUUGCAGGAGUCAUCUCCAACAACAUGAGCACAUCCACACAGGACAGAAGCCGUAUCACUGCUCGCAGUGCGGGAAGAGUUUUACUUGCCAGAGUUCUCUCCAACGACACGAGCGCAUUCACACAGGAGAGAAGCCGUAUUACUGCUUGCAGUGUGGAAAAGGUUUUCGUGACCAGAGUGCCCUGUACAGUCACCAGCAGUGUCAUACAGGACAGAAGCCGUACCUCUGCGGACAAUGUGGACGGAGUUAUACUCAUUCAGGGUCAUUAAGGACUCACAAGUGCUCUAAAAUAAAGCCAUCAGCUCUUGACAUGUGAAUUUGUCAGUUUGUCAGUUGUCAAUAAGAUAUAUGGUUUUCACUUUCAUUUUUUACCGGAGGGUAAAGUGACAUUCUGGCAUAAAACUAUGAUGAUAUAAUAUUCAUCAUGGACUUUAAUAUUCUGUUGCAUGGGACUUUCUCUCUGGGUUUUAGCAGAAUUCAUGAUUUUGUUGUUUUCCUGUUUUCCCCCCAAACACUACGCUACGAAGCAUUGAAUACACACAUUUAACCAGUGGGAAUGCCCACUUUAAUCAACCAAUCCAGACCUCUGAGUGAGACACACGACUCUGACAUCUCCCUCCAAACAAAACCAAACACAACCAAAACACAGAGGCAUUGUAUUAUACAUAUAGCAACACUUUUCAUUUUAAUUGAUUUUUAAAUGCGAGCUAGAAUUUGUUUUCUAAAAGGUCGUGUUGUGCAUACUAUCAAACUGGACACAUUUCCAAGCCAACAGAAGAUGGUUGUGUUUACAGACAGUUUGAAGAGAUAUUUCUGGUCCAAGUUACUCCGUAUUUGCAGUGUCCAUUUAACUACAGCUAACUACACUAUAUGGCCCAAAAGGGAUGCCUGACCACCACACCCAUGUAUGCCUUUUGAACAUCCAUUAUAACAGGCAAAAGAGAUUAUUGACCCAGGCGAACAGUAACUGAUAAGUGUUUCUUUCUGGAUUUUUUUUUUAGUUGAAACUAGUUUUAGCACUGAUUGUCAGGUAGAAGCUGUAACUGUGCUUCCUUGUUGCUAUGAGCUGUAUACACGUUGCUAGAUUUAAGCUAAUUCCGGUAUGCAUAUUCGGUUGGGAGUUGCUCGUUCACACGACUACUCUUUGUUUUGCUAAUUAAAGAGGCGUGCUCAGCUGUGAAACACUGCAGUACUUAAUAAUUAAGAAACGCUGAGGCAGAAGCGUCAGCCCUUGUAGUGUGAAGACCGAGCUCGUGUAAAGACCUGCGAGUCUACCUGCGCAAGUCCACCGAGCAAGGACACCAGCAAGACACCACACGUGCUGCUAAGCGCCGACCGCAGCAUACUCCCAGAAAAGUACGCAACCUGGACAACCUACGCUCUCUGAAUGUGGCCUCUGCAGAUUCCCUCUCAUUCUCUAUCGGACUUUGGAACUGCCAAUCUGCUGUCAACAAGGCAGAUUUCAUUCCUGCCUUUGCAACCCACUCCAACCUCAGUGUGCUGGCUCUGACUGAGACCUGGAUCCAUGCUGAGAACAGUGCACAUCCGCUGCCCUAGCCUCCAACUACAACUUCUCCCAUACCUCGUGUCCCAACAGGCGACGGGGUGGUACAGGUUUGCUUCUCUCCAAAACAUGGAAAUGUACUUUCUCCCUCUUGCUCAUACACUUCCUUUGAAUUUCAUGCUGUUAAAGUCACUGACCCUGCCAAAAUGCACUUUCUUGUUGUUUACCGUCCUCCAGGUCAACUGGGGAAGUUCAUUGAUAAAUUUGACACGCUACUGUCCACCAUCCCGGUUGAUGGAACUCCUCUCCUCUCCCCUCUCAGAGACUGAUGUCUCUAAACUCCUCCUCUCUAGCCGCCCACAACCUGCCCUCUUGACCCAAUCCCUUCUCACCUUCUUCAGUCCAUCUCUUCCACACUAUUACCUGCACUCAUACACAUCUUUAACACAUCCCUCUUUACUGGCACAUACCCUACCUCAUUUAAGCAGGCCCGGGUUACCCCACUGCUUAAAAAACCAUCACUUAACCCUGCUGUAGAUACAGACCUGUUUCCUUCCUCCCUUUUCUUUCCAAAACUCUUGAAAGAGGUGUUUUUAAUCAACUCUCCAAUUUCAAAUAACGACUGACGCUUAGGAGUACCUACUCAGCGCGGCUCAAGGUCCCUUUCAAGAACCUUCAAAUUAACUGUUCCUCAGUGGUGGAAUGAACUUCCAACCUCGAUCUGGACUGCAGAAUCUCUCACCAUCAUCAAAAAACAAUUAAAGACCCACCUCUUCCGUGAACACCUAACCAACCCUUAAAAAAAUUAAUAAAUUGCACUUGCACCUCUACUCUGUGCCCUUUGCUUCUUCUGGAACUCAAUUAAUAGAUCUUGUAUGGUAGCACUACUUGUAUUGUUCUCUGCUUGAUAUAUCGCUUUGCUUGUAUUUUCCCAUUUGUAAGUCGCUUUGGAUAAAAGCGUCUCCUAAAUGAAUAAAUGUAAAUGUAAAUAUUAGAGACAAUAUUACCUUUCUAAAAUCCACACACUAGAUGGUAGUGCUUAUUGUAAAAUUUAUUUUCAAGUAGUGUUACUGGCCAUUGUUUAGGCAACAUUACAGUGUUGAUUUUUUGAGUGAUUACAGUAAUUUAUUACUGAUAAUAAACCCACAUUAAACUCAAAUUCGUGGUCACUUAUUACAUUCUUUAACAGCCGAAUUUUCCAUUUUUAGCUAAGCAUUGAUGAUAUUUUGUUAUUUGAGUAAUUUUUUUUGUAUUUUGUUUCAAAAUGUGGAAAUGAGAGCACAUGGUGACCAUCGCGCAUCGUGUUUUAUUUUGUAAAGCAAAGUGUAAGAGCGAUUCACUCAGGCAGGCUGCUUGUUUAUCAGGUGUGGUUUUUGUUUUAUAUUAUUUUAAUUUGUUACUUGGGUGAAUUCUGCCCUUUCGUAUUGUAACUGAAUGGGAGAGAGCACAAUAUAAGGGUGAUUCACUCAAAGAGGCUGCUUAUUUGUGUUGUCAGAGAAUAAAUAAAGAGUUGCCAGUUGC